ACGAAACCUUCUAAAUCAAACACAACAAUCAAAAUCACAAUUUCAAGUCUGUUAAUUUUCCAAAAUCCCAUUUGGAAAGAAAAAAAAAAGAUGGCUAUGAUUCCAAGUUUCUUUGGUGGUAGAAGGAGCAAUAUUUUCGACCCGUUUUCACUUGAUAUAUUUGAUCCGUUUGAGGGCUUUCCAUUUUCAGGCACUGUUGCUAACGUUCCAUCUUCUGCUCGUGAAACUUCUGCUUUUGCAAAUGCAAGAAUUGAUUGGAAAGAAACCCCAGAUUCCCAUAUCUUCAAAAUGGAUGUUCCAGGGAUUAAGAAAGAGGAAGUGAAAGUUGAAGUAGAAGAAGGAAGAGUAUUACAGAUAAGUGGAGAAAGGAGCAGAGAGCAAGAGGAGAAGAACGACACGUGGCAUCGUAUGGAAAGAAGCAGUGGCAAGUUUAUGAGAAGGUUUAGGCUGCCAGAAAAUGCGAAAAUGGAGGAAAUUAAAGCUGCUAUGGAAAAUGGAGUACUCACUGUAACUGUACCAAAAGAAGAAGAGAAGAAAUCUGAAGUGAAAGCUAUUGACAUCUCUGGUUAAAAAAUAUUAUAGAGUUUUAGUUCUUUUGUGAUGUUAUGUGUGUAUGGUGAAUAAUUUUGAAGUGUUUUGUAUGUGAUCUUUGUUUUCUAUGUUUUGGAUGUGUUGGAUAUUUUGGGAGUCUUAAGUUUCUAAUGUGAAUUAGGUCUGUGUAUUAUUAUAUCUUCAAAGUUGUGGGUAUCUAAUCAACAGUUGUAAUAAAGAGAAUCCUGUUCUUGUCA